GGGCUGAGCGCGGUCGCCUGGGGCGCGCAAGGGCCGCGUGCUCCGCGCCGGCGGCUCCAGGGAUUCCGGGGCGGCCGGGCGGCCGGGCGGCCGGCAGUGUCUGCAGGGGCGUCCUCCGUCGUGGUCGCCGCUAGGCUUCGCCUCUCCACAGUGCCGCCGAGCUGACCUGUGCCUGUCGGGGCCCCUCGAACGGGCUCCUUGAGCCGAGUUCCUGGUGGAAUGCCGCGCCAACGGGAAUACGAGCCUGACACCCCGCGGGUUAGCCCUGAGCCAUGAAAAGCCGAAUUCCACCAUCGAUCCCAGUUUGGAUAUUAAGCAGGUGUUCCUUUAUCGUGUAGCACCGGGAGAUGAUUUCACCUAAUGUGUGUAACUACAGGGGCUGGGUUCUGCACGUAGGAAAUAUGAAUGACUGGCAGAAGAAAAGCCCCCUAGACUGGGAAACCUAUGUGAACAAAAUGGUGAAAGUUGCUGCAAUUGAGAAACACGAAUAUGAAGGAUGGAUCUUAACAGUUGAUCCAGUUUCUGCGAGUGUUGUCCUUGCAAACAUUCUUGGAGAUGAAGAAGUUUCCAUCGUUGUCUUGGGCCAUGCUGUCCAGGAGGUCAAAAUACUGGAAAGAAGGGGACGAUGAAAUGAAAGCAACGGCUUUCUUGCAUAUUUGCACCUGAAAAGCAAAGCCUACAGCCCUGAGGAACUUGGAAAGAGAAAAAAUGACUUGAAACUUGGCUAGAAACAAAACCACAUCCCUGUAACGGAAGAAGGGGAAUCUGGAAGAACACUAUGCGUGGCGGGUGUAUUAACUAUUGACCCACCAUAUGCCCAGAACAGUGGCAGCAGCUCCAAUGAGAUUAUUCUGUCUCGGGUUCAAGGCUUGAUACAUGGCUAUCUUGAAAAAACAGCAGUGACGCCUGCUGUUCAAAGCAGUUUGUCUUUAGGAAUGGGUCUACCUACCCUGUUUUAGGAACUGCCCUGAGUAUCGAUAUUCACUCUUUGCAAAAGUGAGAGGUUUAGGUAUUUUUGUCUGAUUUUUGUAUGUUAAAAAAGGGAUAACACAAGCAGUAUAAACUAAAAGCGUAAAGCAUUUUCCAGGCACUAUUUUUUUUAUUAAAAGCAACCCAUUGUGCAAUGGUGAUGUAUUAAACAGAUGUAUUGGUUUACCAUAUCAGUAUUAAGCCGAUAUAUCCGUUUAAUAAGUAUUUUUUGUAACAGUGUUGUGAAAGACAAUGUAUAAUAAAAUCAAACUGUUUUACUCUGCCUGUACAAUUGUGCCUAGUGGUGUAGGCAUGUUUGUUUGAGAUGCUUACCAAAAUUUUUUUUUUUUCCCAGAAAGAGAAUUGUGACCCUUGGACUUUCCAAACUAGAUAAAAAAAAUGGAUCAGAAAGCUUUUUCGUUGGUGUUGGUUCUCCCUCCGAACUGUUCUCCUGGUUUUGAAACAUGAAUUAUAAUGAAGGUCCAAGUUUGUAAAACUACUGGGGGAAUGUUAACAAGUUUUUAAAAACCAUUUCCUAUCUAGAUACGUUAUUUCAGAGCAGCAGCAUUUCUUGCAGUUUAGGAAUUUUGUGUUCUUAAUGCUUUUGAUACCAGAAAUGCUGGAAAAUCAAACUCUCUAAGACUUGUUCUGGAGUUUAGAAAGCAAGCACCCCUUAUCAGGCCUGGGCAACAUGAGAGCAUGAUCUCCAUCACUCGUGUGCAGUGAGACAAGAGCUGGUUACAGAAUAUAUUUCCCACCUAUGUGCAUAUGGAUAGAUUUUCCCGGAAAAUAUGCAUCUUAUUUUACUUUCCAAGGAUUAAUUAUAAUGUUAUUAUGAACUUCACAACAGUCAGAACUCUUGCUCUUUCAGGCCAGCUCUACCUGACCUUGCCCUAGAGGUGGGGAAAGGGUCCAAACAGAGGUGAUUACAGAAGAAGACACAUCUGUUCAGCACAGAUCACACUGCACACAAGGCGUUACUAUCUCCAAAGGAUGAUCAGUGUCUGGAAAAACACCGUUUUAAAGAAAACAUGCUAUUGGAGGGGCAUUCUGUCUGACUUUCAAAGAACACAAUUACUUAGAUGACUUAAGUCUACUUUUAAACCAAUACUAUUCCACUUUUUGUAAUAGUAACUAUUCUUGUAUCACUUUGUUUCUGUCUUGUGUCAACAAGCAAGGCAAGAGCCAUUUUUCAUUUGUUCUUGAGGUUAUUAAUCCACUUAGGAGCAUUCAGAACCCUCAUUUCUCUCUUCGCGUUGCUGAAAAGCAAAACUCAAUAAUCAGUGUCAAUUUGAUUAUUAAGCAGGUGUCCUUUAUUAUGCAAUGCUGGGCACACGAGGGAAUGAUCCUCCUAGUGGGUGUGCAAUUAUGAUUUUUAC